GUUGGACAAAAAGAAAAUCAAGGAAGUGCUCACAAGUAGCUCAGUUUGGUUGAUCACUCGUACACUUUGUGCCGGGGAGAAAAGAGGAGUUGAUCCCUUCCAGUUGCUUUGCCAGCACGGAUAUGGAUGAUCCUGAUUUACCGUAUGGGAAUAUGGGACUGCUCAGGACCUUUGAUUCAUCUGAGUUCUGCAGUUGGGAGAAAAUUGGCUCAGGUGGAUUUGGACAAGUAUACAAAGUCCGGCAUGUUCAGUGGAAAACAUGGCUGGCUAUCAAAUGCCCUCCUUGCCUUCAUGUGGAUGACAAGGAACGGUCGGAGCUGCUGGAAGAGGCCAAGAAAAUGGAAGCAGCCAAGUUCCGAUACAUCUUGCCUGUGUAUGGGAUCUGCGAGGAUCCGCAGGGUCUGGUGAUGGAAUACAUGGAGACGGGCUCCCUGGAAAACUUGCUGGCUACGGAGCCGCUGCCAUGGGAGCUCCGCUUCCGUAUCAUCCACGAGACGGCUGUGGGGAUGAACUUCUUACACUGCAUGAACCCGCCCCUGCUCCAUCUAGACCUGAAGCCUGCCAACAUCUUGCUGGAUGCCCACUACCACGUCAAGUUAUCAGAUUUUGGCCUGGCUCGCUGGAACGGGCUGUCACGAGCCGAUGACAUCAGUCGGGAUGGCUUCUGCGGUACCAUCGCCUACCUGCCACCUGAAAGCAUCAUUGAGAAAGACAGAGUGUCUGACACUAAACAUGACAUAUACAGUUUUUCCAUUGUCAUCUGGGGCAUCCUCACUCAGAAGAAACCUUAUCAAGGAGAGAACAACAUCUUGCAGAUCAUGGUGAAGGUAGUGAAAGGGGUGCGUCCAGAUCUUGGUGCAGUGCCGCGGAACCGUCCUACUGCUUGUACUGGCUUCCUAAGUCUAAUGCAACGCUGCUGGGCAACUAGUCCUGAGGCCAGACCCAGCUUCCAGGAAAUCACAUCGGAAGCUGAAGCUCUGUGUUGUAAACCUCAAGAGGAGCCCAAGACUCCGACUUUGCCAGAGUCCGAGUCUACUUCCUGUGACGGGCUGUCCCAGGUUAAAAACGAUAAGCAAGCAGUUCGUCCGGUCUCGGCCAUGUUGCCCGAAAAAGACUACAGUCUGUCCGAGCUGUUGACCCAGGUGGAUUCUGGAAUCUCCAGGAGCUUUGAUCGACUGAAGGAAGAAAGUACUUGCAAGAGAUUGUCUGGCAUGUCCUCCGCAGAUUCAGCCUUCUCUUCGCAAGACUCUAUAACGCUCUCUUUUGAGAAGGAAAGCACCAUCGAUUCUGCCGAGGUUCACAAAAGGAAGUUAUGUGACGCCAUCAGAACCAAGGACAUUGCGAAGCUGAUGAAGAUCCUCCAGCCGCAGGAUGUUGACCUUCGCCUCGACGGAGGAGACAGCCUCCUGCAUCACGCCGUCACCUUGGACAAUGAGGAAGCCACCAAGUUCCUUUUGUUGAACAACGCCAAUCCCAAUCUCGCCAACUCGCGGGGCUCCACCCCCCUCCACAUGGCCACCGAGAAGCACUUGAAGCCACUGGCGGAACUUCUGCUGGGUCGGAGGAGCACCAACAUCAACGCCAAGGAUGAGGAUCAGUUCACAGCUUUGCACUGGGCGGCCCAGAAUGGCGACGAGGCCAUGACGCGCCUGCUGCUCGACCGCGGGGCGGCCAUCAACGAAACCGACGGUCAGGGGCGAACUCCCGCUCACGUGGCUUGCCAGCACGGCCAGGAGAACGUCGUCCGCGUGCUGCUGAGCCGCGGCGCCGACGUUCGAAUCAAGGGCAAGGACAAUUGGACGGCGCUGCACUUCGCCGCCUGGCAGGGUCACCUGGGAAUCGUGAAACUGCUGAUAAAGCAGGCCGGCGCCGACGUCAACGGCCAGACGACGGACGGACGCACGCCACUGCAUUUAGCCUGCCAGAGGGGGCACUACCGAGUGGCCCGAAUCCUAAUCGAACUGAAGGCAGACAUUCACAUGAAAACCUUGGAAUUAAACACACCCUUGCAUGUUGCGGCAGAAACCAGUCACACCAGCACAUCCCGCCUCCUGAUCAAACACCACGCGGAUAUCCACGCCGAGAACAGCCAAGGAUUUACUCCUCUCCACUUGGCCUCCCAGCGAGGUCACCUAGCCACAGUCAAGAUGUUAAUAGAAGAAGGGGCCGAUCCUCUGAAAGUGACCCGGGCCCAACGCAGCCCCUACCGCCUGGCGGCAGAAAACGGACAAAGUGCGGUUCUGAAAGAACUCUUCCUUCACUCUCCAGAUGGGGGUGCUCUUUCAAAUGAGCUGGAACCGGAGCCAUACUUGCCAGAGGACUUAAUUAGCAAACGUUUGGCACCGCUUGAGCCCGAGCAGCCAGCAGAGUCAGUCAAAUCACUUCAGAGGAGAGUCGUUAUUCUCAAACUAACAGAGCGCAAUGACAAUCCCCAGACGACCACUACACAAUGUGCACCGGCUUUGUGCUAACUGGAAAAAGAUGCGUACAAAACUGUUAAAAAAAUAUAUGAAUGUGUAUAUAUAGUAUUAAUUGCCGAUGCCCAUGUGGUGCUUAGACGAUCAAUAGACCAGAAUAUGCUAAACACCUGCUCUUAGCAUUUUAUCAUGCUUACAAAAGCUUCCAUGUAAAUGUGUAUUUAUGACAUAUAGAAUUUACUUUUUUACCCAUUUUUUUUUAUUUGCUAGGAUAAAAUCUGGUAUGAAAACUUUUUUGCACUGUAAAUAACUGAUUACCUUUUUAUUGUUUGAGUCAUUAUGGAUUUUGAAAUGGUUUGACAUUGUUCUAUGCCUGUUGCAUAUCAGUGCUACAUCAGGGAUGUCAUUAAAAUACCUUGAUAGUA